CCUGCAAUUUCAUUUCUGGCUACGCCACUGCUAUAUACCCACAUUUAGUAUAUCGUGGCACUUUAAUCCCAGGCACAAUUCAUAGCUGAGAACAUCUAAACUGAUUUGAGUUACUUGAUAUUCAGAUGAAACAAUUUCAAUGUAAUUUAUAUUCUGGGUUUGAUAAACCUAGGGGGCAUAAAGUGGUCCAUAAUUUUUGUUUUCAUCAAGAUCCAUUUAUGCAUGACGUUUUUUAAAAUGAUUCCGAAUAAGAUGUAGCCCGUUCAUACCUUCCACUGUGUAGGCUACUACCAUGCACAUUUAUGGAAUGCAUUUUAUAGUUAUGACCACCAGCAUGUGACGUCAAAGUAGUCAAUGUAGCUACACGAUAGAAUAUUUCUGACCCUCUGUUACGUCAUCAAAGUUUAGAUAUAUCAUAUAUAAAUUUCCACACCAAACAAGUAAAGUCAGUUCUUAGCCAUACUAAGGUUGUACAAGGUCUUACGUAUUCAGCGAAAGAACCAAGCGUUCAACAUGAUAUCUUCUGAAUCCGAACAGUACGACUACACGGACGAUUUAGGCUAUGGGAUGUUCGGCACGGUCGCGACUUACGAGCGGCAGAGCGACAAGAAAAUCGUUGCAGUGAAGAAAUUGUUCCGCGCGGGCAAUCGGAUGGCCAUCCGAGAAGCACGACUUCUAUCCGCUCUCAUGGCCCAUAACGCGUACAAGCACCACAUUAUCCGCUUCUAUGAAGGUUUUUCGCACGAUUUUUUCUUUUACAUAGUGGAAGAGGCACUGGAACAGAACCUGAAUAAGUAUCGGAAGACGAACGCGCUGAAGAAGUUUGAAAUCCGGGACAUCCGGACGAUUAUGUUGCAGCUGCUCAUUGCGCUGGCCAAACUGGAGGACAUGGGGAUCGUCCAUACUGACAUCAAGCAGGACAACAUCCUGCUCGUUAACCAGGGCCGUCAGCCCUUCAGGGUGAAGCUGGCCGACUUCGGCUCCGCAAUGACCGCCAACGAGCUGGCUAAAAUGUGGACGCCAUACAUUCAGCCCAGAUUUGUUCGAGCUCCCGAGGUCCUCCUGGCCUGUCCGUGCGACCCGAAGAUCGACAUGUGGUCUCUGGGCUGCGUGAUGGGGGAGAUGGCAAUUGGCCGCAUGGUGUUCCCCUCGCUGUGUGAGCUGGAUCUGGCCCACAGCAUCUUUGGCACCCGGGGAAUGCCCUCUGCCGCAAUGCUGAGCUCCGGCAUCAAAACAAAGAAGUUUUUUGAUCGGGUGGAAACCAGCAAGGGUGUAUAUGGCUGGCAGCUGAAGCCAUACAAUGGGAGGCAGCUGUUCUCAGGGACCCAGAGCUUGAGGGGGUAUGCGCCAGUCAACCUGGAUCUACUGCGAAACAUGGAGGAGCUAGAACACGGCUCAGAAGUGCAGGAUUUUGCAGAGUUGGCUGACCGCAGGAGCCUGGUGGACCUGCUCAACCGGAUGCUGGUCCUCGAGCCAGAGAAGAGGGUCGGCCCCAACCAGGCCCUGUGGCACCCUUUCCUGACCCUGAAACACCUCAGCGGGCGCGCAAAGCCCCGCGCGCAGUACUCGCUGCAGGGGUACAGGGAGGCGGGCGUGUGUCCGCCCCAGGACCGGGCGUGGAACUGCGACUCCUCCUCUGAGGAGAGCGACCCCGAGGUCCCAAAGAAGAAGAGGAGGCGCUCCGUGAGACGGUCGCUGCGCUCGUUUUUCUCGCGCGUCUUCUCACGCCGGCGCAAGAGGCAGCCUGCGGCCUCUCAGGUCAACGUAGACCCCCCGGAGGGUCCCAGCUCUGCCGCCCGCGGAGGCCAGCCGGCCCAAAACCCCGUGACGACGGAGCAGCGAAGCCCGGAGGCCUCGAGCAGCAGUUCAGCCUUCGAGUCCGAGGAGAGCAGCACUGAGAACAGCGGCGGCGCUCCGGCCGCCCCCGAGGGGCCCCCCAAAAGGAGGGGCUUCCUGAAGUGGCUGCGGACCCGCUUUUCGGAAUGGCGGGGCAAGAAGUCCGCCUCCACUCCGGGCAGCGACAGCAGCCUGUAGGGUUUCGGGGAGGCGGAGAGCACGGGGAGCGCCAGAAGAUGGUGUGGUGAGGGUUGUCAUGGGUCUGGCCUUUCUUUGCUGCAAAAAAAAAAAAGGGAAAAGGGUUUUGGGAAUCUUCUGAUGUUUGGUUAUGUGCUGACUGCACGUAUUGGUAUGGGACACAAAGACCCAGUAGAAAUAGCCUUCCUUUUUUAAAUGUUCUGAGAAUGCUGUCAUUGUACCCCUCAGCUAAAUGUAGCUGAAUUAACCACUUAUUCCUGUUACUUGGUGAGGGUAGUGAAGUUAGGAUGCCAAUAGUAACGCGCCAGGCCAAGAGAGAUUGGUAAGUAAGUUCUCUUGCUGCAUCCGAGCAUCUGUCCACACAUCUGCUCUUUUGCAAUUGGUGAGUAUUAUCGGUGUGCAUGUGCGUGUGUGGGGUUUUAAGAGAUUUAAAAAAAUAAUAAUUAUCCAAAAAUUAUCCAACCUCUUAUAACCUCAUCCCAUAACCUUAGCCAUUGAUGGGGGUGAAAGAUAAAUGGGCUAAAACUGGUCCCAGGUCAGUACUCUAAUGAAUAUGGGCUCAUGAGUUUUUUCCAGCAGGGCUACCGGGGCACUGGGGUCCACAGUCGAGAAGGGUAGAGGAGGUCAGCUACGAUAGGCGCGGAGGCACACCACCGAGCAUGGGCAGAAAGCGGUCGCGGAGAUUCGAUUUCGCGCCCUCUUUGGUGGUUGCCGUGGCAAUAAGAAGUCAGGUCACCGCUCCAGGACAGCGAUGCCGGACUGUAGGACAGCGCAAAAAAAAAACCCAAGAUGGAGAAAAGUGCAUCAAUUUAUGAAGAUGAUGACAGCCCUGGUCCAUAUUCAGAAAACCAUCCGAGAAAGGAGUGGUGAUCUUGAGCAUGAAUAUGGGCCUGGCUGAUGGGCUACCAGGAGCCUGGCAUCCACUAACAGCCCAAUCUAGAGGGAAUGCGAUCGGACUGCACCUCUCUGUACUCCCUCCAGUUCCCCACAGAGAAUGUUUGUGACUCUCUGUGUGCUAAAACAAUAAGCUAUAUAAAUAAAAUGUAAUUUAACUGUGACAACAGACCUCUUUCAGUAAUGAGAGAAGAUUAUUAGAAAAUAAAUGGGUUAAGACAUGUAAACUGCA